GGACUGGGAGACUGAACGCACACACACACACACACACACACUCUGAAGGGAAACCUGAGAACAGUAAAUGAUUUAAAAAAAGCAGGAAAGAUUGUCAGCCUUUUCUAACACCGGACUGAUCACCUUUGCUCAGCCUGUGAAGAUGAUUAAGGGACUAUUGUCAGUGUUCUUGGUUCUUGUGGUCGUGACUUCCACCACUGGGAAGCCAGAGAAAAGCCAUGACAAGGUUGCGGUGAAGAAGGAGAAACGAAUUCCUCAGACUCUCUCCAGAGGAUGGGGUGAUCAACUGAUCUGGGCUCAGACCUACGAGGAGGCACUCUUCUUGGCACGCUCACAGAACAAGCCCCUGAUUGUCAUCCUCCACUUGGAAGAAUGUCCACACAGCCAGGCCCUGAAGAAAGCUUUCGCUGAGGAUAAAGAGAUCCAGAAACUAGCCGAUGAGGACUUCAUCCUUUUGAACUUGGUGUAUGAAACCAUAGAUAAGCACCUGUCUCCUGAUGGGAAGUAUGUUCCCAGAAUCAUCUUUGUCGAUCCCUCAAUGACUGUUCGUGCCGACAUCACUGGCCGCUACGGCAACCGCUUGUACGCCUAUGAGCCUGGUGACAUGAAACUCUUGCUGAACAACAUGCUCAGAGCCAAGAAGCUCUUGAAAACAGAGUUGUAAAGUGCAACCUCAUGAUGCCUUCCAUCCUGGAAUGGAUUUUCUCCCUCAUUUAGAAUUUAUGGUUAUUAUUCUGCUAUAAUGCUGUAAUUGUAAUGCACUGGAACUCUAUGAAGUCAUUUUUUGGAUGUGUUUUGUUUUGAGAUUCUGUUACUAUCAGCCUUAUAGACCCGGCUUGUCAUCUAAUGUACUGCAUCAGGGAUGCGUUUGUUUUGGAUAAAUAAAGAACAAUUGUGCUAAA